AUGCAGUUCCGCGCCGCAUUGCUGGCGCUCGCGGCCUUCGCCUUCGCAGCGCAGUGUGCGCAGGCCGAGCCCGUGAAGUUGACCGAGGCCACGUUCGACCACCAGACGACUAAAGGCGUGUGGUUUGUCAAAUUCUACGCGCCAUGGUGUGGCCAUUGUCAGAAGUUGGCACCGACCAUCGACGACCUGUCCGACGCCGCUAAGGAUAUUAACGUGGCCAAAGUUGACUGCACCAAGGAGCGCAGCGUCUGCGAGCGCUUCAGUGUGGCCUCGUACCCGACGCUGAAGGUUGUGGCUGGCGGCAAGUCGUAUGACUACAAUGGCCGUCGCGACGUGGACUCCAUGCACGCGUACGCUAGUGAGGGCUACAAGAAGGACUUUGGUGAGCGCAUUCCGUCCUACGCUGAGUUUGUGGAGCAGCGCAAGGCCGCAGCCGCCGAGCACGAGGAGAACGAGCGCAAGAGCGCCGUCGUGCACCUCACCACAACCUCCUUUGAGGAGCAGGUGCUGACUGGCAAGGAUCCGUGGCUCAUCAAGUUCUACGCCCCGUGGUGUGGCCACUGCAAGCGUCUUGCACCCACGUGGAACAAGCUCAGUCGCACACUAAAGGAGAACGGCAGCAAUGUCCGUGUGGCCAAGGUGGACUGCACUGUGCAUCGCCGUGUAUGCUCGCGCUUCGGCGUCAACGGCUACCCGUCGCUGUUCUACGUUAACGAUGGACAGGUAUACAGGUACAAGGGCGGUCGCUCGCUCCCCGCGUUCCUCGAUUUCGUGGAGAGCGGCUGGAAGAAGGCCGAGUCCACUGGACCGAUCCCUGAGGAGGGUUUCUUUUCCAAGAUCGUCGACAUGACGAUUGAAUGGGCCACGGAGCACACUGUGCUGGCUGUUCUGGCAGGCAUCUUGGUGAUCGCCAUCGUCGUGGCCAUCUUGGUGGCUCUGCUGGAUUACUGGCUUGGUGCUGACGACGUGGCGCAGUACAAGAAGGCUCUGGACGAGAAGGAAGCGGAGCAGAAGGAAGGCGAGGAACUCCCGCCUAAGGUGCCGUCUGCGUCGGAGGCCAAGAAGUCCGGUCAGAAGCCCAAGGACGAGUAA